UGCUUGCAGGGUGUCUUUUAUGAAUAAUCAAAAGCCGCAGAAGCCGACGCUAUCAGGCCAGCGUUUUAAAACUAGAAAAAGAGAUGAAAAAGAGAGGUUUGACCCUACUCAGUUCCAGGACUGUAUUAUUCAAGGUUUAACCGAAACUGGCACUGACUUGGAGGCAGUAGCAAAGUUUCUUGAUGCUUCUGGUGCAAAACUUGACUAUCGCCGCUAUGCAGAAACGCUUUUUGACAUCCUGGUGGCUGGUGGAAUGCUGGCCCCAGGUGGUACCCUGGCAGAUGACAUGACACGCACAAACGUCUGUGUAUUUGCAGCACAGGAAGACCUAGAAACCAUGCAAGCAUUUGCUCAGGUUUUUAACAAGCUAAUCAGGCGUUACAAGUACCUGGAGAAAGGCUUUGAAGAUGAAGUCAAAAAGUUGCUGCUGUUCCUGAAAGGGUUCUCAGAGUCUGAGCGGAACAAACUGGCCAUGUUGACGGGUAUUCUGCUAGCCAACGGGACACUUAAUGCAUCGAUUCUCAACAGUCUUUACAAUGAGAACUUGGUUAAAGAAGGUGUUUCUGCAGCUUUUGCAGUCAAGCUGUUCAAAUCAUGGAUAAAUGAGAAAGAUAUUAAUGCAGUGGCUGUCAGCCUUCGUAAAGUAAACAUGGAUAACAGGCUGAUGGAACUCUUCCCAGCCAACAAACAAAGUGUUGAACACUUUUCUAAGUACUUCACUGAAGCAGGACUAAAAGAACUUUCCGAGUACGUUCGGAACCAGCAAACCAUAGGAGCUCGGAAAGAGCUGCAGAAAGAACUUCAGGAGCAGAUGUCACGGGGAGAUCCAUUCAAGGAUAUAAUCUUGUACGUGAAGGAGGAGAUGAAGAAAAACAACAUCUCGGAACAGACUGUGGUAGCCAUAAUCUGGUCAAGUGUAAUGAGCACGGUGGAAUGGAACAAAAAGGAGGAGCUGGUAGCAGAGAAAGCCAUUAAGCACUUGAAGCAAUACAGCCCUCUACUUGCUGCCUUUACUACCCAAGGUCAGUCAGAGCUGACUCUUCUGUUGAAGAUUCAGGAGUAUUGUUAUGACAACAUUCACUUCAUGAAGGCCUUCCAGAAAAUAGUGGUGCUCUUCUAUAAAGCUGAAGUUCUGAGUGAAGAACCCAUCCUGAAAUGGUAUAAAGAUGCACAUCUU